CCGCUGGGCGCAGCCAGCCGAGCGGCGAGCGCGGAGCGCGGCCGCGGCGCCGAGGACGGGAGGGAGGGAGUGGCGGCGGGGCCGGGCCGGGCCAAGCGGAGCGCGCCGGACACCGGUGGCCGCCGCCAGGAUGCCCCUGCCCGCGGGCCACUCCGCCGCCAGCCACCCCCGCGGCCCCCGGCGGCCCGCGCUCGGCUCAGGGGCGCGGGAGCUGAAGCCGGAGCCGGAGGCGGGAGCAGCGAGCAGGAGCCUCGGGCGCCCGAAUGCACGGCGUGCGUGGUCCCCGGCACCCCUGAGCCACCGUGUGUGAGGGCUGCCGCUCCGCGCCGAGGCCUGGCUCCAAGGAGGAUGCCCCGGCCGCCCGCCAGCUCCCGUUGGCACCAUGAGUGACGAGCGGCGGCUGCCUGGCAGCGCGGUGGGCUGGCUGGCGUGUGGCGGCCUCUCCCUGCUGGCCAACGCCUGGGGCAUCCUCAGCGUGGGCGCCAAGCAGCAGAAGUGGAAGCCACUGGAGUUCCUGCUGUGCACGCUGGCAGCCACGCACAUGCUCAACGUGGCGGUGCCCAUCGCCACCUACGCCGUGGUGCAGCUGCGGCGGCAGCGCCCCGACUACGAGUGGAACGAGGGCCUCUGCAAGGUCUUCGUGUCCACCUUCUAUACCCUCACCCUGGCCACCUGCUUCUCCGUCACCUCCCUCUCCUACCACCGCAUGUGGAUGGUCCGCUGGCCUGUCAACUACAGGCUGAGCAAUGCCAAGAAGCAGGCGGUGCACACGGUCAUGGGCAUCUGGAUGGUGUCCUUCAUCCUGUCGGCCCUGCCCGCCGUCGGCUGGCACGACACGAGUGAGCGCUUCUACACCCACGGCUGCCGCUUCAUCGUGGCUGAGAUCGGCCUGGGCUUCGGCGUCUGCUUCCUGCUGCUGGUGGGCGGCAGCGUGGCCAUGGGUGUGGUCUGCACGGCCAUUGCCCUCUUCCAGACGCUGGCCGUGCAGGUGGGGCGCCGGGCCGACCGCCGUGCCUUCACGGUGCCCACCAUCGUGGUGGAGGACGCUCAGGGCAAGCGCCGCUCCUCCAUCGACGGCUCUGAGCCUGCCAAGACCUCACUGCAGAUCACCGGCCUGGUGGCCACCAUCGUCAUCAUCUAUGACUGCCUCAUGGGCUUCCCUGUGCUGGUGGUGAGCUUCAGCAGCCUGCGGGCCGACGCGGCGGCCCCCUGGAUGGUGCUGUGUGUGCUGUGGUGCUCUGUGACCCAGGCCCUGCUGCUGCCCAUGUUCCUCUGGGCCUGUGACCGCUACCGGGCCGACCUCAAGGCUGUCUGGGAAAAGUGUGUGGCCCUCAUGGCCAACGACGAGGACGGCGACGAUGGGGGUGUCCUUGGGGCUCUCCCAGGUGCCCCAAGUCUCCGUGGCCCUGAGCCCCUGCUGCACCUCGCAGAGACCAGCCUGGAGGGAGGCGCCGCCCCGGACCUGGGAUUGGAGCGCUCCGUGGACUACGGCUACGGCGGUGACUUUGUGGCCCUGGACAGGACGGCCAAGUACGAGCUGUCCGCUCUGGAGGGAGGCCUGCCCCAGCUCUGCCCCCUGCAGGAAGAGAGGAUGCAGUACCUGCAGGUCCCCGCCACGCGGCGCUUCUCCCACGACGACGCGGACGUGUGGGCCGCAGUCCCGCUGCCCACAGCCUUGCUGCCGCGCUGGGGCUCGGGCGAAGACCUGGCCGCCCUGGCACACCUGGUGCUGCCGCCAGCGCCCGAGCGGCGCCGCGGCAGCCUGCUGGCCUUCGCCGAGGACGCACCCCCAUUCCGCCCGCGCCGCCGCUCGGCCGAGAGCCUGCUCUCCCUGCGCCCCCUGGACGGCGGCCCGCACCGCGCCCACGACUCUCCGCCCGGUAGUCCGGGCAGCCGGCGCCGCCGCCACCGCCGCCCCGGGCCCGGAGCCCGCUCCGCCUCGGCUUCGCUGCUGCCGGACGCCUUCGCCCUGACCGCCUUCGAACGCGAGCCGCAGGCGCUACGUCGCCCGCCCGCCCCGCCGGGGACCUUCCCGGCCGCGGCUGCCGCCCUGGACGGCGCGGAGCCCAGCGAGGCGCCGACGCCCCCUGGCGGCGCGGAACGGAGCCCGCGGCCGCGCCUGGCCGCGCCUGCGCACGCGGGGCCCCUGCGGACCAGCCUGAGCGCGUCGUGGGGCGAGCCCGGAGGCCUGCACGCGGCGGGCGGGGGCGGCGGCAGCACCAGCAGCUUCCUGAGCUCGCCCUCCGAGUCCUCGGGUUACGUCACGCUGCACUCGGACUCGCUGGGCUCGGCGUCCUAGGGCCAUCCCAGGGGCCACAGCACCAAAGAUACCACCUCCGGCCCGUGCCCCUAGCCGGGGUCAGGGGCGCGGCUCCUGCCUGCUGGCCUUGCCUGGGCUGUCCUCGGGCACGGACCCUCUCGUUGAGCGCUGUCUCUCCGGGCAGCUGACCUGGGGGCGCAGGGAGCCCUGGAACAAGGCCACCCCCAGACAACGGCCCCACCUUGGAAGGGCAGAAAGCCACAGCCCCCGGAGUGCAUGAGGCUCCCCCUCCUGCCCUGCACUCGGACUGACGCACACCGCGGAAGGGUGCCCGGGGUCUCUCACCAAGCACAAGGAUCUUUGGAACCCAAACAAGCUCUCCCCACAGGUCUCCCCUGUUCGGGACCUGCUCUGCCUCGGUUUCCCCAUCUGUGAUGAGCAGGUGGCCAUGUUAACUCUCAGGGCUGUGUGACAAAGUCUCCUGGGCCCUGGCCACUGAGUGGACCUGGCAAGAGAUGGUCCAAGGCCCCCGAUGGGUCGUUGGGGUGGGGCUGGGGUCCAUCCUCGGCGUGUGGCCCCGAGGCCUCCACUCUCAGCCUCAUCCCCAAGGGAACGCGCCCUGCGCCACAGCCGAGCACAACUUCUGAGUGGUCACCUCCGGCGUCACAGCCACCUUGACCACCAUUCCUUUGCCCACCCUCAGUACUGUGCCAAAGUUGCCUGUCCCCACCACCACGUCAGCCACCUCUGACUCCCACGUGAAGGUUGUGGGUACAUGGUGGGGGGGGUGGGCUUGCCAGCCCCGGCCUUGCCCCCCACCUAUGACGAGCCAGCCGGGAGGAGUCCCUGGCUCAGAGGCUUCCCAGGUUGCCCUGGCAAGGCCCCCCCCCAUCCCACAAGGAGGAGGGAUAGGGCUGUGCUCUCCAUCCCCGUUAGACCCCCUGCAGGUCUUGGCCUUGGACCCUCGGUCUCCCCGACCUCAGGAGAGGCCUAUGAACAGCCUCGACCUUGUGCUGGAGGCACAGGAGUGGCCUGUGUCCUGUGCUGUCUGGCCCCCAGGUGGCCAAGUCUUCCCCUCACCCUCAGAACAGGGGCACAACCCGGAAGAGGUCGCUGGAGGCAGGGGCUGAGGGGCUGUCCCACUCCGUCUCCGCCUCAGAGGCCCUCAUCCGGGCCAUGGGGUGCUGGAGAUGAGCUGGCCACAGGUGAGCAAGGCCAGGGACUGCCGUCCAGCCCUGGCCAUGGGGCUGGGGCUGCCUCCUCUGGCCAAUGCUGCUGUGCCUUCAAGGACCGACAUGUCAUGAGGGGGCAGUGGUCACCAGCUAGCCACUGUCCCCUUCCCCAGGCUGGCCCACUUGUCACCUUGGGUUUUGACUAUUUCAUAUCCAAUGCAAUACUUGCAGUGGGGACACGAUUCCCCCAGAAUUGCUCCCGUGCUGUUUUUACAGAAAUAAAGGCGAGGACGGACCCUGGGUCUGGGACCCUCCCUCACGGUUCGUCCAGCCUCAGGCCUCUGCUGCGUUUUUAAGGAGCUUGACCUUGGGCUUGCUGGGGAGGGAACGGCUCCUAACUGCCCGGCCCGCAGCCAGGAAUCCAUUUGUAGGUUUGUUUUUUUUUUUUUUUUUUUUUUUUUUUUUUUUUUUUUUGACAAAUGAGCAUUUCUCUUCUGUACAGGAUUCAAUAAAAACUUCCUUAUGGUUUGCACCUA